GCGCAGGCGCUCUCGGAGGCGAUUCGACGGUUUCCGGUUCCGCCGUCCUCUUUCUCGUCAACGAGGCGGCGGAGCAGCCUCCCCAACAGACGCAGAAAUGCAGAUCUUUGUGAAGACCCUGACUGGCAAGACUAUCACCCUUGAGGUUGAGCCCAGUGACACCAUUGAGAAUGUCAAAGCUAAAAUCCAAGACAAGGAGGGCAUCCCGCCUGACCAGCAGCGUCUGAUUUUUGCGGGCAAACAGCUUGAGGAUGGUCGCACUCUCUCAGACUACAACAUUCAGAAAGAGUCCACCCUGCACUUGGUGCUUCGUCUGAGGGGUGGCAUCAUCGAACCCUCCCUCCGCCAGCUCGCGCAAAAGUACAACUGCGACAAGAUGAUCUGCCGCAAGUGUUACGCCCGCCUGCACCCCCGUGCUGUCAACUGCCGCAAGAAGAAGUGUGGCCACACCAACAACCUGCGCCCCAAGAAGAAGGUUAAAUAAGGCCCCUCCACCAACUCCUUGGGUCCACAGGGCAGCCUUCUACCUGAACCCUGUGAUGCUGGGGCCUCAAUAAAGUUUCUCUUUUGUUGACUGGA